CGCUCUCCGUGCCGGCGCGCCCGCCCGCAUGGCGCUGCACUGGGUGCUGGCGCUGGCGCUGGCGGCGCACGUCGCCGGUCAGCAGAGCUGCCCCAGCGCCUGCUACUGCGACGCCGAACUGAACGUCAACUGCGUGGGCGACACGCUGUGGCGCUUCCCGGCGGGCAUCCCGACGGGCGUGACGCGCCUCGAGCUGCGCAGCUUCGUCGUGCCGACGCUGACGGCCGCGCAGCUGGCCUCUUUCGCCAACCUCACCGAGCUGAAGGCGCCACAGAACCGCAUCGCCAGCGUGGAGAACGGCACGUUCAGCGCGCUGUCGCGCCUGCUGAAGCUGGACCUCAGCCAGAACGCCAUAUCUGAGGUGUCAGCCGCGACGUUCGCUGGCCUGGAGCAGGCGACGAACCUCGACCUGUCGUCCAACCAGCUGGCGUCGUGCGAGGGCGCCUUCGCCGGGCUGAGCUCGCUGGAGCAGCUGACGCUGCGCGGCAACAACCUGACGGCGCUCGGGCCGCACACGCUGGACGGCCUCGGCCGGCUGCAGUAUCUGAACGUCGACUCGAACGCCAUAGCGCACAUCGACGUCGGCGCGUUCCAGGGCCUGGGCAGCCUGGCGCACCUGAUCCUCAGCAAUAACCCGCUGGCCAACCUCAGCCGGCUCGAGUUCUUCGGCUCGCGGCUGCAGUACAUCGACGUCUCGGCGGUGGGUCUGACGCGCGUGCCGCAGUCGCUGACGCAGUAUGUGCGCGACCUACGGCUGGCCAAGAACAACUUCACUACGCUGCGGCGCGGCGACUUCGACAGCUACCCGGCGCUGGGCCUACUGGUGCUGGACGACUCUGGCGUGCGCGAGCUGGAGGAGGACACGCUCGGCCGGCACGAGUAUCUCAUGCGACUAUGGAUGAACGGCAACCUGCUGGAGCGCGUGCCGGCGAGCCUGCCACCCAGCCUGCAGGCGCUCUACCUGGAGGAGAACCGCAUCGCCCGGCUGCGUGCCAACGACUUCGGCGGCCUGAGCGCGCUCGAGCAGCUCUUCCUGCAGCGCAACAUGAUCGAGACAGUCGAGGACUGCGCCUUCUGCGACCUGAGGAGCCUCAGGAGCCUCGACCUGCAGGCCAACCAGAUACAACGGCUGUCGGCCGCCAGCUUCUCCGGCCUGACGGCGCUCGAGUCGCUGGAUCUCUCGCAGAACCCCAUCACCGUCAUCGAGGACAAGGCGUUCGCGCCGUUCCUGUCCCUGAACAGUCUGCAGCUGUCUCGGCUCAAGGGAAACGUCAGCGUGCCGAACAGCAUGUUCGACGCGCUGGAGCGGCUGGAGAAGCUGGAGAUGUUCGACAGCCCGCAGCUGGUGGCGCGGGUCGUCGACUCGGGCCGCCUGCUGCAUGGCAUCCGCAGCGUCAGCCACCUGAACGUGAUGCAGAACCAGCUGACGUCGCUGCGCUCCGAUCUGCCGACACUGCUGCCGCGACUGCAGCUGCUCAAGCUGGGCGGAAGCCGCUGGAACUGCUCCGACCCGGACAUACUCUGGCUCACCGACUGGAUGGCCGCGGGCCGCGUCAAGUUCUACAGCCCGCUAUCGGUGCGCUGCCGGCAGCCGCCGCGGUUGCUGUUCAAGUCGGUGGCGCUGCUGCGGGAGUCCGACUUCGAGACGGUCGCGGGCGCCGCACAGCAGCCGCCAUCGGCCGCGCCGGCCGCGCCCGUCCCGUCCGGCGCGACCCCUCCCGCCGCCACCGACGAGCCGCCGACGGUGACGACGGCGCCGGCCACCGUCACCGUCACAGCGGCCGUCACGGAUUCGGCCACGGUGGCCGUCACAGACGCGGCCACGGCGGCCGUCACGGCGGCCGUCACGACGGCCGCCACGGCAGCCGUCACAGACCCGGCCACAACAGCCGCCGCGACAACCGAGUCCCCGACGGCCGCCCCAACCGCCAGCACGUCACCGGCGACAGGCACGCCGAGCUCGGCGUCCAACACCACCACCGGCCGGCCGUCCUCCUCCUCCGCGAAGACCACGACCCGGACGCCUUCCACGUCGGCGGCCGCCGUCAGCACCACGCCGCCCACACCCGGCCCGGUCGUCACCGAGCAACCCGGCGCGGAGCCGAGCCCCGGACCGACGCCGCGGCCGACGGCCGGCCAGCCGACGCCCGGCGUGGGCCGCGUCAACUACGUGCCCACGGGCCGGCGCGGCACCAUGAUGGCGCUGGUAACGUCGAUGGCGGCCGCAGUCGGCAUCAUCCUGCUGAUCCUGGCCGGCGCCGUCUGCCUGUGGCGCUACCGGCGCGUCUCCGUCUACCCGUUCAUGCGGCGGCGCAAGGAUUCGUCCAUCUCGUACUCGCAGCAGAAGGACGAGGUGAGCAUCCUGCACGAGAGCUGCAGCGCCGACGAGGCCGCCUCCGACAGCCACCACGGCCUCUCCAACGUGCUGUACUUCAUGGCGCAGAGGGGCGAGGCCGAGUUCGCUGAGCCGGCGCGGCCGCGGCCGGCCAGCCUGCUGCCGCACGCCGGCGUGGACGCGUGCCCGCGCGCCGUGCCCGACGCCUGGGCCACGCCCAGCCCGGACACUGCCCGGUGGUAGGCCGCCGGCGCGAUCCUCCGAUGAAGAGGACUUGGGCGGCAGCGCGGCCGCUCCGUCGGCCGGCUGUGGUGAUGCUCGGGCGCCGACGGGACCCGUCGGACGCGCAGUGAAAUGACGGACGCCAGUGUACCUACUCGUUUGUGCCAAACGGAGCGGGCGCGCGACGCCACCUCCGUCAUCACGAACACAAGCCCAGGGUGACGAGGUGGACAAGACGCGUGGUGGCCGGCGGUGCGGACGCGACAGUGUUGCCCUGACCCCCCC